GGGCUUUGAGCAUUUAAUUCUUGGGCAAACUUGGAUCCAUCUACAGCAGAAAAAAAUGAUCGGUUCAAAGCUAUUCUAUUUCACAAUCUUCGCUGUUGUCUGUGUUUCGCUCGCUCAGCCUGUGCGUGUUGGUGGCCCUCGUGAACUGCAAGGAAACGACUUAAGGGAGGCUAUUGAUAAUUUGGAUGCGGUUUUGGCCAAAUUGGCUACAGGCGAUGGACCCAGCUACAGAGUUGUUAAGGUGACCAAGGUGACAGUUCAAGUGGUUGCUGGAUCACUUCAUACCUACACUGUGGAGUUGGAUAAAUCCGGUGCCUCCAAGCAGUGCACGGUUAAGAUCUGGUCUCAGCCAUGGCUGGAUAGAACGAGCACUAAGAUCGAGUGUGAGGGUGAUGAUAAGCCUAAUACUUGGUAAA